CAAUUAAAGUGAGGUUUCAAUGUGUUAGUUUAAGUAGAUAUGGCUAUGUUGGUUUAUAUUCUGUGAGAGUGGUUUAGGUUAGAUUAUGUAAUUAUAUGCUGUUAUGUUAUGCUAUUUUAUGUAAUGUUUGGUUUGCUUGGGCUUGAUUCUAUUUCGUUCCUUAGUUUUAAUCAUUUGGUUUAGUUAGGUUAGGUUCACUUAGCUUAUGUUAGGAUAGGUUUGAUUUAGUUAUCCGAGUUACCUCAGUUACGACACAGCACUUCAGGUGACCUGGUUACAUCAAGAACUUAUUAACAAAUUUGAACCGGAAGAACCAUACAUGCCCACAGUGAUUCAGACAGAGCUUUGGUCAAAGUGCAGAUAUUACCAACAUUAGGACAACCAACGCCAGGAGCAGAUAACCUUCUAUUUUCGGCGCUAUACUGUCGUAGAGAUAAUGGCGGACGAUGGCCGGAAAUGUGCUCUAGGUUACGAUUUCAAAUUAAUUAAACAAGGAGCUGAAGCUAAAGUGUAUAAGGGAAAUUAUUUGGGACGACCAACUAUUGUAAAGGAAAGAUUUAAAAAAAGUUAUCGCCUUCUUGAUUUGGAUAAUCAUAUAACCAAAGAAAGAAUUAAGUCUGAAGCAAGAGCAGUGUUGAGGUGUAAAAUUGCUGGAAUCCACACUCCUGCCUUGUAUUUAGUUGAUUUUGAAAGGAGAUGUAUAUACAUGGAAGAUGUACAGAAUAGUACAACAAUAAAAGACUAUAUCACACAAAUAUCUGAGGAGGCAGAGAAUGAAGCUGGAACUGCAGGUAGCCUGCUAAUGAAAUUAUACCCAAUUGCUCAAGAAAUUGGCAAAGUAUUAGGAAAGUUACAUGCAAACAACAUUAUUCAUGGUGAUUUAACAUCAUCAAACAUGUUACUAGUGAAGGAUGAAAAAGAUACCCUAACCAUUGUUUUAAUUGACUUUGGUUUGAGUCAUGUGGAAUCAAGUAUGGAAGACAAAGCUGUGGAUCUCUAUGUGUUACAGCGGGCAUUGAUGAGUACUCAUGCUAAUGUAGACAGACUCUUCGCAACUAUUUUAGAUGCUUAUAUGAAAGAAAACAAAAAGGAAUCACAUGAGGUACUGAAAAAGUUCAAUGAAGUAUGGGCAAGAGGACGUAAGAGAACAAUGGUUGGGUGACGGAAGACAUUGUGUCUAACUCUAUACAUUACAUUAUUAUGACUACUUUGAACAUAACUUUUUUUGUAAAUCUUAUUCCAGUGCCUGUACCAUGUCCUUUUCAUCCAGUACUUCAUGUUAAAAAAACAGGGAGAAGUAUUUUACCAGAGUAUAGUCUAUCCAAUUGUAUGAGCAUCCAUACUGACUUAUAUUUUCAGUUCACUAUGCUAUAAUGUA